AUGCAUAAAAGAGCUUACAGUGAGUCAGUAGCUUUAUCAAAACAUUCAUUAAGUAAAAAAAAUGAAAUAAAAAGAAAAAAUGAAAAUGAGUUAAAUAACGAAUUAAAAGAAAAUGAAAACAUUAGAAAAAAUGAAAAAAAUCUAGAAAAUGUAGUGGUUAGAAUUAGAAAAUUAGACAAUAAUGAAAAAUCAACUUUACAUACAGAUCCUAAUGAUAAAACUGCUUUAUAUUUUGAUAAAGAUUUUGAAGUAGAAAAAUAUAAUUUUGAUAUAGUUUUUGAUGAAAAUGAUGAUAAUAAAACUAUUUUUAAUAAAAUUGGUGGUCAUUUUAUAAUUAAUAAUGUAUGUAAUGGAUUUAAAGAAACUAUAAUUACAUAUGGCCAAACAGGUAGUGGAAAAACUUAUACCUUAUUUGGAUCAAAUAAAGAAUAUGGUAUAAUAUACUAUUUUGUUCACUAUUUAUAUAAAUUACAUAAUACAACAACUAAAAGAAAAACAAUUUAUUUAAGCAUAUAUGAAAUAUUAGGGGAUACCUUAAUUGAUCUUAUAUCAAAUUUAAAUGAAAAAAAUAUAGAAUUUUAUACAGAAGAAUACUAUCUUAAAACUAUUAAAUAUUCUUAUAAAGUUGUUAAUAUCAAAAGUUAUGAAAUGGCUAAAAAAAUUAUUGACACUGCUUGUCUUUUAAGAAAUGUUGAGGCUACUUCACAAAACAUGAGAUCAAGUAGAUCUCAUGCAAUUAUUCAAUUUUUUGUAAAUAUUUCUGAAUCAACUUUAAAUAAUGGUGUUGAAACAAUUAAAGAUUAUUAUGGAGUUUUAACUUUGGUUGAUCUAGUUGGAUGUGAAAGAGAAGGAUUUAACAUAAAUAAAAGUGAAAAUAAAAAUGAAAAAUCUUCUAGUAAAACGUUAAAUUCGUCUCUCACUUCUCUCAAUAAGAUGUUGAGAAAAAUGCAAAUGGGUAAUUUAGAUGAGUCAGAUAAAAGACAAAGUGUUUUAUGUAAGGUUCUUUUUAAUUAUAUUCAGAAAACAUGUGGUGUUUGCCUUAUUUUUUGUUUUAAUCCUAAAUUAAGUCAAAAGAAUUUAACAAGUUCAACAUUAAUAAUGGCGAGUGAUUGCAAAAAAAUAAAAAGCAAAAGAAAACAACUGAUUUAUGUAAAAUCUGAAAAUAAAGAGAAUUUUUUUAAAAAAAUAGCAAAUGAUGAUUAUAAUAGUAAUAAUAAUAUUGAUUCGAAAGAUGUUACAUAUAAUGGAAUUUAUGAAGAAAAAAACAGAAAAAACUCUAAUUACAUAAAAAAUAAUAUAAAUAAUAUAAAUAAUACGAAUAUUGAGAAAGGUAAAAAGAUAAAAGAUAAUUGCAACCAUAAUAAUAACUCUUCAUUAUAUCUUAUUUAUGUUAAUGAUGAUAAAAGUCAUAUAAUAGAUAAUUUAAAUAAAAAAAAAAAUGAUGAAAAAUAUACUGUUUUAAGAAAUAUUGUAAAUGAUAUUAUAAAUGAACAAAUAACGAAAGAAGAAGAAAAAAAAAAUAUGAUUGAGCAAUUAAAAGAUUAUAAUACUAAACUGAAAAGUGAAUGUGAAUAUUGGAAAAAAGAGGCAAAUAAUUAUCACACUAAAUUAAAAAUACUAAAUAAAAAUUAUUUAAAAAUUAAUGAAUUCCUUUUUAAUACAUUAAAUGCGAAUUCUGUUAAUAGUUAUAACUCUUCAAAUUUUUGUAAUUUAGCCUCUUUUAAAUGUGAUGAAGAAAUAUAUGAACCACGAAAAAAUCAAAAUGCAGUAAAAAAUGGCAAUUAUAUUUUUCCGAGAAAAAAACAUGAACAUACAGAAAACAUUGAAAAAGAUAAUAUUCUGAAGAAUCAUGAAAAAAGUUCACACAUUUCGUUGAAUUCAAACGAUAUUUCAAAUUCAUACAACUUAUAUAAUUCAAAAAACACAUCAAAAAAAGACAUAAGCAUACACACAAAUUAUAUGAAUUAUAAUGUGAAAAAAAAAAAUAUAACAGAACUUUACCAAGAAAAUGAAAAUAAAUUAGAAAAAAGCAUACCCAAUAUAAAAAACAAUUUAUCCUUUAAUGAAAAAAAAAAUUAUGAGGAAAUGUUAGCAAAUGAAUCAAAUAAUCAAUUAAAAAAUUCUGAUCAAUUUUAUACUCAAGAGUUGAUAAAUUGUACAAAUAACCCCUGUGCUACACAGAAUUACAAAAAAAAAAAUUCCAAAAUUGAUCAAGUCAAGGAAUUUAACGAUAAUAAAGUUGUUAUUUUCACAAAAGCAGCUUCUACUUUUCCAGAUGAACAAGACAGCAACUUUAAGAAUUUUUCAAACAAAAAAAUUACUAAAGCGGAAAGUAAUAUAAAUAUGCAUAUAUCAAAUGAAGAUGAUCUUUUAAAUAAUUUAAAUAAAAAAAAAUUUAUUACUUCAAAUCAAGAAGUAAAUAGAGAUGACUCAGUGAAUAAACCCAUUAUAUCAUCUACAUAUUAUAACAAGAUGAAUACAGAAAAUUAUAAUAAAAAAUAUUCAGAAAAAAAAGAUACAAAAAAAAAUAUAAUGAGCUUCAUAUCAAAUAAUGAUUAUAAAAAUUUAAAUAACAUUACAGUUGAUUCGCUAGCCACUAAAAUAAAAAACAGAAUGUUAAAAUCAAGAAGUUUGUCAGUUGCUCGUUAA